AUGCUCUCACAGGAGCGGUGCCUCUCGGGGCGGUGCACGCCGCAGGCCUCUGCUUCGGCUUCCCCUCCUCGUACCGCCUCUGCUGCCUCAUUUCCUGCAGCGGAGGCAGAGGCGGAAGCUUUGCUGCUAGCUCCUCUCUGCUUUUCCCCUUGCCCGGCCCCGCUGACCUGCCUUCUGCCCUUCGAGAUGCCGGCUUACCACUCCACUUUAAUGGACUCAGACACCAAGUUAGUUGGGAACAUGGCACUGUUACCCAUCAGAAGCCAGUUCAAAGGCCCAGCACCUCGGGAAACUAAGGACACAGAUAUUAUAGAUGAAGCCAUCUACUACUUCAAAGCUAAUGUUUUCUUCAAAAAUUAUGAAAUUAAGAACGAGGCUGACAGAACACUGAUCUAUGUAACCCUCUACAUUUCUGAGUGCUUGAAAAAGCUGCAAAAGUGUAACUCCAAAGGCCAAGGAGAGAAAGAGAUGUACACACUGGGAAUCACUAACUUCCCAAUCCCCGGGGAGCCUGGCUUUCCACUUAAUGCCAUUUACGCCAAACCCGCCAACAAGCAGGAGGAAGAGGUGAUGAGGGCCUACCUGCAGCAGCUGAGGCAAGAAACUGGUCUUCGCCUUUGUGAGAAGGUAUUUGAUCCUCAGAGUGACAAGCCCAGUAAGUGGUGGAUCUGCUUUGUGAAGAGGCAGUUCAUGAACAAGAGUCUGUCAGGUCCUGGGCAGUGAAGAGGCAAAGCAGCAACAACAUUAAACAUUGUCACAGCAAGGUGUUUAGGUAUUUUGCCUUUGUUUUGGAUAUAUUUUAUACCAAGGAAGAAUUAAGUGCUUAUGAAGAAAA